UCCCCUUCUUUUAUUUUGGCGCCUCGAUCAAAAUCGUGUGCAAAUAUCAUGUUAGGUUACCAAUAUUUCACGACAAUUUCGUAUUCACUCAAUAUAGUUUAUUCAUGAACUAGAGGAAUCCUGAUAAUUGGGAGAUUUUGUUCAAAAUUUGUGAUGUCUAAAAAAGUAUUGAGAAGUAAUACUGGCAAUGCUAUGAAGAAACAAGGAAGUAUUUCUUCAUUUGUUGUCAAGCAAACAGCAUCUGAUUUGUUGAGAAGUAAGGAUGGUUUGAAGCAAGGAAGAAUUGAAUCAUUUAUGCAGAAAAAAAGGAAAAUCGUGGCAAGUGAUGAUGGAGAUCAUAGCUCUCUGAUCUCAAAGAAGCGAGUUCAUGGUGAUGAUCAAAGUGUGAAUAAAGUUUUCUCCGAUACUACAAUGCAUAAGAAACCUUGCAGAUCUCCAUUAACCAAUAACCUUGGGAGCAAAAUAGAACCAAUAGAGAAAAUUGUUGAUCUUACUGACAAUGAUAAUACAGGUGAUAUCACUACUGAUGCCUCUGUCAAACAGUUCAACAAAACUUGCAACUGCUUUCUGCUUAUAUCAUUCAUGUCCAAAACUUUGUUUGAAAUUAAUGACAAAAUGUUUGGGAUAUUUAUUGAGAAAAUAGAAGCUGGCCAUUUUUUUAUAGAAAUGCCUAAUCCAGACGUAGAAUUCGAGGAAAAUGUCGAAAAUUGUGAACCUAAAAAUGAUAACAAUUUGUUACUGAAUUUUGGUGUCACUGAAAAUAAUGCAAAAUCAGAUGAACUGAAGAAUGAUAAUGAAACAAGUAAUCAAUCAUUUGAUGAAAUGGGAUUAAAUGAUAGCUUUUUCGAUGCGGCUUUGGAUGGAAUGUCUCCUAUGAAAGCACGGGAUGAUACAGUCAAAAAAGAACUAUCUUGUUCCAUACAAUGCUCGAGCACUAAAUUUGCUCUUGCAAAAUAUCGUUUUAAUGUUAUCGAUGUUGAAGAAAGUAAUGAUGAGCAUGGAUUUCCUUCAAAGACACUCUCUUUAAAAAAUGAAUCGUCAAAAGCCGACAUGACUUGUGAAUUAAAAAUGGGCUGGGCUAACACGAAGAUUUCUAAAGACGAUAUCAUAAACAUGAUAAUAGAUGAUGGAUAUGAAGCUAACAAUCAUAAAAUAAUAAUUGAUUCACAAAGCAAUUUGAUAGUUACACAUCCUGAUCUGUUAAUCAGUGGGACAACAGUAUCUAAUGCAAUUGGAUGUAAGAGGAGAGCGAUAUUGAGUGAAAGAUUUAAGAAUACAGAGAGUGGAGAUUGUGAGAAGCCAGUAAUGUUGAUUGGUACAAUUGUUCACACUUUGUUUCAAACCAUUUCUCAAUCAAAUGAUAAAAUUACUUCAGAACAAAUUGUAAAAAUGGCAGAAAAUAUUAUUGGUAAAACAAACUUUCUAAAGGACCUUUUAUCUGUUGGAACUACGCAAAAACAAGUUUUGGAUGGAGUGAAAGAAUUCAUUCCUUCUCUUCUAACUUGGAAAGGAGAUUUUAUUCGAAACAAUCCAACGAUGGGAAUUGGACGAGUUGAUAUGAAUUUACCACCAGGAUAUGAAAACACUGAGAUAGGACUUAAUAGCAAAGGAGGAAUCAAAUUUUCUGCGAAUCUUGCUCUGACCGAGGUGAAAGAUAUUGAAGAAAAUGUUUGGUCUCCUUUGUAUGGAUUAAAAGGAAAAAUUGAUUUGACUGGAGGAUUUCUUGUCAGUAGACAAACUCAUGAUAAAAAAUCAAACUGUAUGAAAAUAACUUUGCCCCUUGAAUUGAAAACAGGACGAGAAAGUCAUUCAACUGAACAUCAUGCUCAAGUUGCAAUAUAUUCAAUGUUUUGCGAACUGAGAAGAAAAAUCAGUAGAGAUGAUUAUACAAUACCUGCAGGACUUCUGUUAUAUCUAAAAACUGGCAAUUUAUCCAGCAUUGCAUUGAAAAGAAAUGACAAAAGAGAGCUCAUUAUAAUAAGAAAUGAGAUUGCUAAUUAUAUGGUAAGAACAAUUUCUGAAACAAAUUCGAAUUCUACAAUAUUUUACGAUCCUUUGUCAUUUCCACCAACUAUUGAUGACGAAAGAUUAUGCAGAAAUUGUUCUCAACUCAGGAAUUGUUCACUUGUGUAUAAGGCAAUCGACAAAAAACAGUCGUCAUUCUUUCCUUCAUCUUCUAUAAUCAAAUUAAUGGAAGCAGAAUCAUCUCAUUUGUCUGAAAAAGAUGUUGAUUAUUUUAAUCACUGGAUGACGUGCACUUUAUUAGAAACAAGAAAAUCAAUGAGGAAACAGACAAAUCAGUAUUACUGGCUGAGGACACCCCAGGAAAGACAAGAGAUUUAUCACUGCGUAACUGACCUUGUGCUGGCUGGACACGGAAUAUCAAAUGAAGAUGGAAUAACAUCACUCCAAACCUUCAAAAAGUCAUCAAAACUCAACACUGCCUUCAAUUUCAAUAUAUUUGAGAAAGAUGAGAUGGUUGUUAUAAGUGGAAGUGAGCAUGAAUUUCUUGCGAUGGCCAGUGGAAUUGUCACCAAUGUUACGGAAAAUUUUAUCACAGUUAUGACUGACAGAAAAUUUGAGGGAUACCCAAAAGACAUGACCUAUACUAUUGAUAAACAUGAAUGGCCGUCCAUAAACAGUUUCAAAGCAUCAUUCCAUAAUUUAUCAGUCCUCAUGAAAUCUUCAUUAUCUGCAAACAAUUUGAGGGAAUUGAUAAUAAAUCACAGAGAACCGACAUUCACAACAGAUCUUCAGAAGGUAAUACCGAGGACUUCUAAAAAUGAUGUUGCAAAAAUGUUGAGAGGGUUGAAUAGGACACAACGACAAGCUAUAAAACGAGUCUUACUAUCCAAUGAAUAUACAUUAGUUGUUGGGAUGCCAGGAAGUGGAAAAACAACAACCAUUGUUGCCAUGGUCAGAAUAUUAUUGUUAUGUGGAUGUCGGAUAUUAUUAACCUCGUACACACAUUCUGCCAUUGAUACUCUCCUCAUUAAACUAAUCAAAUAUAAGGUGAAGUUUCUACGUCUCGGACGCAAAUCACAAAUUCAUUCAUCAAUACAUCCAUUUUCUGAGGAAGAAUUGUCAAAAAAUAUGAAAACUCCCGAACAACUGGACACUCUGUAUUCAGAAUCAAAAAUUGUGGCAUGUACCUGUCUUGCGGUAACAUCUCAUGUGAUGUUCACUUCACCUGGAUCGAGACAAUCAACUCGAUCAAGAUUCGAUGUUUGCAUUGUAGAUGAAGCUUCACAAAUAUCACAACCAGCAUGUCUUGCACCACUACUUCAUGCUGAUCGAUUUGUAUUAGUUGGUGAUCACAGACAACUUCCACCACUUGUUCAAAGCAGGAAGGCAAAAUUUAUAGGAGCAGACGAGAGUUUAUUCCGGAGACUAUCACAUCAUAAAUCAUCAUUAUGUGAACUUACCCUACAAUAUAGAAUGAACAAUAUAAUAAUGCAAGUUAGCAACUAUGUGACAUAUGAAGGAAGACUUGAAUGUGCUUUGGAAUCUGUUGCAUCAGCUAGAUUGCAAUUAUCACAUUGGAAUGAAGUGUCGAACAAAAUUCCUGUAUCACAAUGGCUACUUCAUGCACUUCAUCCAGAAAAACCUGUGCUAUUUUUGGAUACCUCAAAUUUGCAAAAUUUUGAGGAAGAAAUUGAAAAUGGAAUUUGCAAUAAAACUGAAGCAGAAAUUGUGAAAAUUAUUGUUGAUCACUUGCUGCAGUCUGGUUGUAAACCAAAUGAUAUUGGUGUCAUUGCACCUUUUCGAAAACAGUUGAAGACAAUAGAAGAUUCUCUCAUGAAUGUAGUUUCGGAACAACCGGACAAGAUUGAGAUUAGUACUGUUGAUAAAUAUCAAGGAAGAGAUAAGAAUGUUAUCAUUGUUUCAUUUGUGAGAUGUAGAAAAGGAGAUUUAGGAGAAAAGAAAGGAGAACUUCUCAGUGAUUGGCGAAGAUUGAAUGUAGCUUUGACUCGUUCAAAGCAUAAACUAAUACUCAUUGGAUGCCAGAAAACUCUAUCACAAUAUGAACCUUGCCUAAAACUUCUCAAUUAUGUGAAUGACAAUAAAAUGCUUCUAUCUUUAUGAAAUACCAAUAUUUUGAAAGAAGCUAUCUUAAAUGAGCACUGCAUGCUAGCAUAUCUGAAAUAUGACCUUUUUCCAGUAUGAGCCUGGGAUCGGCCACAUGUAAGUGUUAGCAUGUACUUACUCUAUUCAGGUAUAUAAGGACUUUGACUCUAUUAUGGACUAUGCUUUGCAGUCCUGAUAAACUGCUCAAUUUGUCAUGGGAUUCUGCCUCUUUGGUGCAAAUAUUUGUAUACCUGGCAACAUGUUUGAAUAGGUAUCUUCACAGUUCUUACAAGAAAACAAGUUGAGCAAAAUUUCGUCUUGUUGCACUUUAUGAUGUUGCAAAUAUUAAACCAUUUCAUUUAUGAAUACAAUUUCUUCCACAUUGAUUACGGCCUUUGAGUAGAAAUUUCAAUAAUAUGGAUCGAAAUGGGUACUAUAUUUUGAAUGUGAAACUUUAAUAUACGCUAAUAUGCAUGCAUUCACAUAAUGGAAAAAUAUAAAUAUUUUAUGGCCAAUUCCCAACACAA